UAUCUAAUGUUUGGUCAUGGUAAAUUCACUCUCGACACUUUCGCACUGCAUCCUCUUUCCUAAAUUGAAGUAUUCCUUGAAAAUCCAAAAUGGCGGCUUAACUUUCCCUCCCCUUUUCAAAACUCUCCAUUCAUCUCAAUAUUCACUUUGCAAUUUUUACCAAUUUUCAUAUCCAACCUUUUCCCUCUUCCUUUCCUUUCCCUCCAUUCUUCAAAACCUUAAGAAAAUUCUAAUUCCCCAAUUUUCCCACUCCUUCAAAACCCUAACAACCCCCAUUUCUGCUUUCUCUUCUUUUUUCUCAACAUUCAAUGGAAACUCAUUGCUCAGAAAUCCUAGAAACUGACACUGAACUGGUUAAUUCAGUAAAUCCUCACGAAACACUAGAUCGGUCUUUCCCAAAUUCUCCUGAAAACUUAGCUAAUUCGAACAAAUUUGAAGGAUUACAAAUGGGGGAAGAAGAAUUGGAUUCAUCACCUGUUCGGAGGUACACUCCAUAUUCUUCGUACACCAGCCAUUGGUCUCAGCCUUGGGGUCCAAUCACCAAUUCCAAGCCUUUGGGCUCACAAUUGACUUCUACUGCUCAGCCCGACGACGACGAGCCAUCGGCUUCUGGUUGGCCCGACGGGCCUAAUAAAGUUGAAACUACGAAAUUGGUAUCAGUUGGGUCUCUGUGGAAUUGUCAUAGAGAUGACGAUGCUAAGUCGUUUAUGCUGGGUGCAGGGCUUGCUAAUUUAGGCAACACGUGCUUUCUAAACUCGGUAUUGCAAUCAUUCAUGCACACAGUGCCUCUGAUUCAGGGCCUUAAGUUGAACGAUCAUGCCACACCCUGUGAUAGUUACCAGAAAGGUUUCUGUGUAAUUUGUGCGUUGAAAGAGCUUAUUGAUGCUUUACUGGUUUCUGAGACUGGUGUUGUCUCUCCCUGGAAAUUUGUUAACAAUUUAAGCUAUUUUUCUUCCACUUUCCAUCGGUUCCAACAAGAAGAUGCUCACGAAUUUCUGCAAUGUUUUCUGGAUAAACUUGAACAAUGUUGUGAUGUUUCGAGACCAAAAGGCAGCCCAACUUUGGAGACUGAGAACUUUGUGAAGCAGGCUUUUGGAGGUCGUUUAGUUAGCAAACUGCGGUGUUGUAAUUGUGGCCAUUCUUCUGACACUUACGAGACUCUAAUUGAUCUGAGUUUGGAGAUUGAGGAUGUUGACAGCCUAGCCACAGCUCUGGAGUCUUUCACAAAGGUUGAGAAGAUCGAGGAUUCAGAAAUAAAAUUUACAUGUGAAAAAUGUAAGGAGCAAGUCUCCAUUGAGAAGCAGCUUGUGCUGGAUAAGGCCCCUUCUGUUGCUGCCCUUCAUUUGAAGAGAUUCAAAACUGAUGGUUCUCUUGUUGAGAAGAUUGACAAAUAUGUUUCAUUUCCACUGGAACUGGACUUGCAUGCUUAUGCUGAUAACAACCAAAGUGAUAAUGAAGAAAUGAAGUACGAUCUUUAUGCAGUUAUAAGGCAUGUCGGAUUUUCAUACUCUUCUGGGCACUAUUACAGCUUUAUUCGCUCUGCUCCAAAUGAAUGGUACAAAUUUGACGACUCAAAGGUUAUUCAGGUUGGAGAAGAUUUUGUUUUGUCGCAGGAAGCAUAUGUUCUGUUUUAUGCAAAGAGGGGCACUCCCUGGUUUUCAGAUUUUAUUGAAGUGCAAAAGCCCUUUAUAGAUCCGUCCAUACUGAACACAUCUCCCAAGUCAGUUUUAGAUAAUACAGAUGUUGUCUGUGUUACUUCUCCGCGUCCGCCAAAUCCCGGGGCUUUAUGUGUCAAAGGCUCCAAUGAUACUGCAAAUGAGUCGUCUCCCAAUCCUCUCAACAAGGUUCAGGAUAGUGACGGAAAGGAAAAUGUGCAGACGAGGUCUGCUCCUGGACCACAUGGUGCAAGUAACAUUUUGCAUCCCAAGUCACCUGAAGUGGAUAAAGUGUCUUUUCCUUCAAUACUCAAAGAAAACCGCAGUACUCUGGACCCCGGUGCACCCAGCAGAACUAUAUAUAUCACACCCAAAACGCCGUCUAGAUCUCCGAGCCCAGAGAUAUAUGGAGAAGAUCCCCCAGAAAAUGAUUACCAUAUUCCCCGUCCUCAUCUAAGAACAGCAGACCGGGUUUCCUGCAAAAAGCAACUGCAGAAGGAGCUAGAGCAGAAUAUGGAAAAAAAGCAGGCGUGUACCCUGAUAAAGAAAAGCAUGCAUGGGUCUAGAGCCCAGCAAUUACUAGCUGCAAUGGGCGGGUCACACGGUGAAAGUUCUGCUAACAAGAAAAGGAGAAGAAAGGAUGUAUCUCCAAGUAGAGAUGAUAGUAGUUCCACCAGUCGCCGGAGGUCUAGCCUUGGCUCUGCGUUUCGUACUGUAAUGGCUGGAAGCCUGAGAUGAGCAGGUUACAAUUGGCAAUAACACUAAUAAUUUUGGUAUCUCAUGAAAUUUUUAACUGGAAAAUCUGAACCAACGGAAUAGGGUCUUGAUCUGUAUCCUCAAACAAACAUGAGGGGUAGUUUUUAGAUAAUAGCAGCUGUUAUUUUGUUGUUUAUAUUUCCUGAGUUCCACUGUAUAGUGCAGAGUAAGAAUUUUAUGUUAUAUUCUCACAGUUGAGAAUUAUAAUCACUCUUAUUUACCUA